GGGGAUGUCGCUGUAGACGACGUUUCAGAUGAGGAUUUGGACACGGCUUGGGCUGCUUCUGCAUUGGGCUGUGUGGGCUCUCUCCCCCUGGGUACUGAAAACAGAUUUUUCGGCUUCCCACUUUUGUCGAUUUCAAUACUUCUAGAGAUAUUUGCACGGGUGAGCCGGGGGGGGGGGUUUCCCAUAAUACUUGUGCAAGGUUGGGAGAGAAAGUCGGGGGGAAUGUGA